AUGGAUGAAUCUGGUGGGACCAAUCACAGCCAAGGGCUGGACGCGCUGGAAAGCCUGGAGAGCCCAGGCGACACCGCGCAAUGUGCUCUCGACGCGCCUCGGCGAUCUCGCAGGCAACGCUUGCGGGAGCGACUCUCCGUGAGCCUGUCGGGCCUCUCCGCAACCUGGUUGCGGAUAUCUGAAAAGGCCAUGGCGAAAGCGACGCCGGGAACGCCGGGAACGGAGCAGCAUGAAGACCCUGACGAUCCUGAAGCCCAGUGGAGACAGCUGUGGGAGUCUGUGGCCGGAGGAGGCCAGGAUGGCAGUGGGGCAACGUCCACUGCUUUUGAGCGUUGGAGGCGAACUCACGACGGUGAGCGACACAGCCUUUGGAACAAGCUUGCAACGAGCUCUGAUUCUCCACGCAGAGAUUGGGAUCGAGUGAGCAGGUCUGUCAGAUCUGGGGUUCCAGAUUCUCUCCGCUGUGCUGUAUGGACAGCAUGCAGUGGUGCAACGUCAAAGAAGCGGCAAGCGAGUAAGUUACGAGCAAGUCAAGCUGUGACUGACAGCUUUGAGUGCGUGGAGUCUUUGUACCCGCGCUUUGUAGCAGAGGGAUCGAUGCUUCAAAACGAAGCAUCUGGAGUUAUUGAAGUUGAUGUGCCGCGCACAGGCUGUGAGGAAGCUUUGUUCGAACCAUUGCGACGGAUUUUGUUGGCCUUUGCUGCAAAAAACCCGGACAUUGGAUAUUGCCAAUCUAUGAACUUCAUCACCGCUGCUUUGCUUCGGUUCUGUGAUGAGGAGAGUGCCUUUUGGAUCUUAUGCAGUCUGGUAGAAGACGUGCUCCCCGAGGGAUACUACACCAGAACCAUGGUCGACAUUCGCGUGGACAUGCUAGUGCUGGAUUCACUGGUAAUGCGUUAUUUGCCAUGUCUCCACAAACAUUUGCUGGAGAAUGAUGUGGACCUGUCUCCUAUUUCCAUGAGCUGGUUCCUUUGCCUGUACAUAAACACGUUUCCAGCUAGCAUUUGCCAUCGAGUCCUAGAUUGUCUCCUACACGAAGGCUGCAAGGUGCUGUUCCGAACUGGCCUAGCUUUGCUCCGGCUUUUGGAACCGACCCUGCUGGCAGCUGGAAGUGUGGUAACGGUUUAUGACAUCCUUCGAGCCCCGUUUUCGCCAGACCAGGAGGACAGCCUACUGGACGGCAUGUACGGCUUUUGGCUCCAAGGCCUUUCAACCGACAUCCUUCUCCAGCUUCGCUCUGAACAUUUGGCGGCGGUUCGAUCUCAGGAUGCGCUGCUGCAGGCGCGAAGGGCAUCGCUCAGGGCAAGCCAGGCCCCGCCUGACCCAG